GGGGGCGGGGAGCGGCGCGCGAGAGGGAGGCGAGCGGCGAGACACAGGCUCCGAGGCUCCAGCGAGCGAGCGAGCGAGCAACGAGCGAGCCGGGAGGGAGGGAGCGAGCGAGCGAGCGAGCGAGCAGCCGCGCCGCCGCCUCGCAAUCCGCCGCCAUCCCGCCGCCUCCGCGCCCGACCGCCGCCCGACCGCCAUCGCCCGGCCCAGUGUCGCCCGCGGAACCAGACCAGGCAGAUCGGGGGCGGUGCCUAGAAAAAUUUCCUUACUAGAUGACAUUUCAUCGCAAUGUCCGAUCGUUUGGGGCAAAUAACCAAGGGCAAGGAUGGGAAAAGCAAGUAUUCGACUCUCAGCCUGUUUGAUAAGUAUAAAGGAAAAUCAGUAGACGCGAUCAGAUCCUCAGUUAUUCCUAGACAUGGCUUACAGAGUCUUGGGAAAGUUGCCACAGCCCGGCGCAUGCCACCGCCCGCAAACCUGCCAAGCCUGAAGUCUGAAAACAAAGGAAACGACCCCAACAUCGUUAUAGUGCCCAAGGACGGGACGGGAUGGGCAAACAAGCAGGAUCAGCAAGACCCAAAGAGUUCCAGUGCGACGGCCUCUCAGCCGCCGGAGUCGCUGCCGCAGCCGGGUUUGCAGAAAUCUGUCUCCAAUUUACAGAAGCCGACACAGUCGACCAGUCAGGAGAAUACAAAUUCAGCGCCAGGUGGACCAAAGUCAUGGGCACAGCUGAAUGGAAAGCCAGCAGGACACGAAGGUGGUUUAAGGGGCUCAAGCCGACUCUUAUCCUUCUCUCCCGAGGAAUUUCCGACGCUGAAAGCAGCUGGAGGGCAGGACAAGGCUGGCAAAGAAAAGGGCGUCUUAGAUCUGUCGUAUGGGCCAGGACCAAGCCUCCGCCCUCAGAAUGUGACAAGCUGGAGGGAGGGCGGUGGGCGAAACAUAAUUUCUGCCACGUCUCUGAGCGCCUCCCCAACUGAGCUGGGCAGCAGGAACUCGAGUGCGGGAGACGGAGCCCCCUCCUCGGCAUGCGCCAGCGACUCUAAGGACCCCUCUCUCCGCCCGGCUCAGCCUGUUCGCAAAGGGGCUUCACAGUUCAUGGGAAAUGCAUACCACCCACCUACAUACCAUGACAUGCUUCCUGCUUUUAUGUGCUCGCCACAGUCACCGGAGAACCAGGGGCCAGUGGAACGAGGACCUUUCCCCCUCCCCCAGCUCCGCCUGGAACCCCGUGUUCCUUUUAGACAGUUCCAGAUGAACGACCAGGACGGAAAAGAGAACCGGCCAGGAAUGACGCGCCCGCCCCGCCCCCUGAGGCAGCUGGUGGAGCGGGCUCCGCGGCCCACCAUCAUCACAGCGGAGAACCUCAAGGGCCUCGAUGACCUGGACACCGACGCAGACGACGGCUGGGCAGGCCUCCAUGAGGAAGUGGACUAUUCUGAGAAGCUGAAGUUCAGUGAUGAUGAAGAGGAGGAGGACGUUGUGAAGGACGGCAGGCCACAGUGGAACAGCUGGGACCCGAGGAGGCAGCGGCAGUCGUCACUGAGCUCUGCAGACAGCGCCGACGCCAAGCGCACCCAAGAGGAAGGAAAGGACUGGGGCGAAACGGUGGGCAUGAGCCGGGCAGUCCGGAAGGCGCCGGAACCUCAGCCGCCGUCUAGGAAGCUUCACAGCUGGACGUCAGGCCCUGACUACCAGAAGUCCUCUGUGGGCAGCGUGUUCCGGCAACAGUCUAUCGAGGACAAAGAGGACAAGCCACCCCCACGGCAGAAGUUCAUCCAGUCGGAGAUGUCUGAGGCCGUGGAACGCGCCCGGAAGCGCCGGGAGGAGGAGGAGCGCCGAGCCCGGGAGGAGAGGUUGGCUGCCUGUGCCGCCAAACUCAAACAGCUGGACCAGAAGUGUAAGCAGGCUCAGAAGGCCAGUGAGGCCCAGAAGCAGGUGGAGAAGGAAGUGCCCCGGUCUCCAGUAACCGAGAAGGUGCCCCUGCAGGAGAAUGGCCCUGUGGUCCGCAAAGGCUCUCCCGAGUUCUCUGCCCCGGAAGCCCCCAGCUCGUUUUCAGAGGAAGCCCCCACGGCUCCUGCAGCUGUGGCUCAGAACGGCAGCAGUGAGGACGGGGCCAGGGAGGCUGGGUCCCCGGCACAGGAGUUCAGCAAGUACCAGAAGUCGCUUCCUCCCAGGUUCCAGCGCCAGCAGCAGCAGCAGCAGCAGCAGCAGCAGCAGCAGCUCUACAAGAUGCAGCACUGGCCGCAGGUGUACCCCCCGCCCUCCCACCCGCAGCGCACCUUCUACGCGCACCAUCCCCAGAUGCUGGGCUUCGACCCCAGGUGGAUGAUGAUGCCUUCCUACAUGGACCCACGGAUCACGCCCGCUCGGACCCCAGUGGACUUCUACCCCUCGGCCCUGCCGCCUUCGGGACUGAUGAAGCCCAUGGUGACCCAGGAGUCCCUCAGUGGGACCGGCUGUCGCUCUGAGGGCCAGAGCCGUGUGCCCCCGCUGCAGGAAAGGAAGGUGACUGCCAUCGACCCAGCCCCUGUGUGGAGCCCCGAGGGCUACAUGGCGUUGCAGAGCAAGAGCUAUUCGCUCCCCCACCCAAAAUCCAGCGACACUUUGGCCAUGGACAUGCACGUCAGGAACGAAAGCUCUUUCUCUGCCUCCCCCGGAAGGUCAGGGGGCGUAAGUGCGCAGCGCGGCCUCCUUGAGGAGAGAGUGGAGGAGUACUUGAGUGCUUUUGACAAGAAGUCCCCAGCAGACUUUGACAGCUGUGUCUCUUCUCAAAGAGUAGGCCAGGAGCUUUUGUUUCCCAACCAAGAAAAUAUACAGGACGCAGGUGCUCCUGGGGGUCACACCCCGAACCUCAGGUGUUCCCCGCUGCAACCUGACUUCGCCCCAGCCGAGAAAAAGCCAGAGUAUAGCAGUUGGGACGUUAGCCACCAGCCCAAGGCUGCUGACACAGCUGACAGCACGGAGGAGCUGCCCCGCGAGGAGCCGCCCUUUAGCGUCUCCUCCUGGGAGAAGGAAGGGAGCCCCCACAAGCAGCCAUCCUUGGAGCCCGAGUGGACCCCUGCGCCCCGGAGCGCCGGCAGCCAGCACCAGGAGCAGGCCAGCAGGACCCGGAGGUCCGGGCCUAUCAAGAAACCCGUACUAAAAGCCCUCAAGGUGGAAGACAAGGAGAAGGAAGUGGACAAGAGCAAGCAGGAGCUGGGGGAGGAGAGUGCCCGCCUGGCCACCAAGGAGGAGGCGCCACCGAGCCCCCAGGCUGGAAAGGACGAGGAUGAGGAGAACAACCCCACGCUGGCCAACUCCGCGCCCCCUGCCCCAGAGGCCCAAGGCUCGGCCCGUGCUCGUUUGGGCUGCCCAGCCAGCAAGUCUGAAGAGGACGAGAAGCCCGACAGGGCCUGGGAGACCAGACCCUCCCGGGAGCCCAGUGACACGCCCCCGACGAAGAGGAAUAACUGGAUCUUCAUUGACGAGGAGCAAGCCUUUGGGGGCCGAGGGCAAGCCCGGAGCCGCGGCCGUGGGUUCCGAGAAUUCACUUUCCGAGGCCGGCCUGCUGGUGGCGGCAGCCCCGGCAUUUGUGGCGGAAGCGUCCUCGGGGCGCGGGGCAUCUACACCAACAGCCAGAGGAGCUGCCGUGGCCGGGGACUGCGCGAGUUCGGUCAGCCUGAGGACUUCCCCAGAGCGAAGCCCCGGCGCCGCAUCGCCAGCGAGACCCACAGCGAGGGCUCCGAGUAUGAAGAGCUCCCCAAGCGGCGGCGGCAGCGAGGCUCGGAGAGCGGCCCCGAAGGCCCGCCCCUGGACAGGGAGGAGGGUGCCUUGAAGAAAGGCGACUUCAAAGACUCCUGGCGGUCCAACAAGAUGUACUCUGACGACCACAGUGGUCUGGAGGCAAAGAGCAGAGGCCCACGGGCCUUCGGACGAGCCCUCCCUCCCCGGCUCAGCCACUGCAGCUAUGGGCGGAGAACCUUCGUGUCCAAGGAGUCGGCCCACUGGCAGAGCAAGGGCCCCGGCCCCUGCUGGCAGGACCACGGCUCCCCUGACGCCUGCAGCUCCCGGCGGCCUGCAGACAGAGACUACGUCCCAGAGGCCUACAGACACCCUGACUCAUUCGGUGCCAGGGGCUUCGAGGACAGCCGCCUGGAUGACAAGAGGACCUUCUUCCAAGACGACCACGUUGCAGACUCUGAGAGCGCGGAGAGCCGGCCCUUUAGGAGGAGGCGCCCCCCACGCCAGGAUAAGCCCCCUCGCUUCAGGCGCCUCCGGCAGGAGCGUGAAUCCUUGGGCCUGUGGGGUCCUGAGGAGGAGCCGCCCCUGCUUGCGGGCCAGUGGCCAGCCCGGUCCAAACUCUGUCCUGGGGACAAGAGCGGGGCCGUAGGCCGCAGGUCCCCCGAGCUCUCCUACCAGAACUCCUCUGAUCACGCCAACGAAGAGUGGGAGACGGCCUCCGAGAGCAGUGACUUCAGCGAGCGGCGUGAGCGGCGUGACGGCCCCGGGGCCGAGCCCAGCCCCCAGGUGGACGGCAGCCUGCCCGGGGCAAGCCUCGGGGAGAAGAAGGAGCUGGCCAAGAGGAGCUUCUCCAGCCAGAGACCGCUGGUGGACAGACAGAGCCGGAAGCUGGAGCCGGGAGGGUUUGGCGAGAAGUCUGCUAGGCCAGGAGGUGGUGACGCUUCUCCCCGUUUUGAGAGCCAGCAGAAUGGGACGCCUCUGAAAGCCAAAAGGUCCCCGGAUGAGGCCUUGCCAGGAGGUCUAGGCUGUAGCAGUGGGAACGGCCACUACACCUUGGAGCGGGGAGCCCAUGUCACCUCGGACAUCCCCGAAGCCGCCUGUGAGAAGGCAGAGGAGGCCCAGCUGGCUGUGCAGAGGGCGGGCGAGCAGGGAGAGGCCAUGAAGCAGUUCGACCUGAACUAUGGAAGUUCCAUCAUUGAGAAUUGCGGGUCCAGCCCCGGGGAGGAGGCUGAGGUGGGCUCCAUGGUGGGUGAAGGCUUCAUUGAAGUCCUGACCAAGAAGCAGCGCCGCCUGCUGGAGGAAGAGAGAAGAAAGAAGGAGCAAGCCGUGCAGGUGCCCGUCAAAGGUCGAGGUCUCUCCUCCCGGAUCCCUCCUCGGUUCGCGAAGAAGCAAAACAAUCUGUGCCUGGAGCAGGGCGACGCGCCUGUGCCGGGCAGCAGCCUGGGCACCGAGAUCUGGGAGAGCGGCAGCCCCGCCCUUCCAGUUCAGGCCUCAACCAAUGACUCCUGGACUAAAGCCGCCACUGCCUUCAACAGUGCCGAGUCUGGCUCUGCCGAGCAGGGGUUUAAGAGCAGCCAGGGCGAUAGUGGCGUUGACUUGAGCGCCGAGUCUCGAGAGUCAUCCGCAACCUCCUCGCAGCGCAGCUCCCCAUAUGGCACUCUGAAACCAGAGGACAUGAAUGGGUCUGGCCUAGAAUCCAAGGCUGACAGCCACAAGGAGCAGGCCCAGAAGCAGCCUGAGCAAAAGGAUUCGGAGCAAGGCUCAGGACAGAGCAAGGAGCACAGGCCAGGCCCCAUCGGCAAUGAGCGUUCUCUGAAAAACAGGAAGGGCUCGGAGGGGGCUGAGCGGUUGCCGGGGGCCGUUGUCCCACCCGUGAAUGGAGUGGAGAUCCACGUGGACUCUGUGCUCCCGGUGCCGCCCAUCGAAUUUGGAGUCAGUCCAAAAGUGAGCCAGGACGACGGCAGUGGGCGCUGUUGCCUUUUUCAGGACUCCGAUUUCAGCUUGCCGCCGGGCUCCGCCUCCGGUCCCACAGGGAGUCCAGUUGUCAAGCUUCAGGAUGCCUUGGCCAGCAAUGCUGGGUUGACACAGAGCAUCCCCAUCCUCCGUCGUGAUCAUCACAUCCAGAGGGCCAUCGGCCUCUCCCAGAUGUCCUUCCCCACUGCCGACCUCACUCUGAAGAUGGAGUCAGCACGAAAGGCUUGGGAAAACUCGCCCAGUUUGCCGGAGCAGAGCUCUCCAGGAGGCGCUGGCUCAGGCCUCCAGCCCCCGUCCUCUGUGGGAGCCUCCAGCGGGGUCAACUACAGCUCCUUCGGUGGAGUGUCCAUGCCGCCCAUGCCUGUGGCCUCUGUAGCCCCUUCCGCUUCUCUUCCAGGCAGCCACUUGCCACCUCUCUACCUGGAUGGCCAUGUGUUUGCAAGUCAGCCCCGGCUGGUCCCUCCAACGAUACCUCAGCAGCAGAGUUACCAACAGGCCGCCGCCGCCCAGCAGAUCCCGAUUUCCCUACACACGUCUCUGCAGGCCCCGGCACAGCUGGGCCUGAGGGGCGGGCUCCCCGUCUCCCAGUCACAGGAGAUCUUCAGCUCCUUGCAGCCCUUCAGAUCUCAGGUGUACAUGCACCCCAGCCUGUCGCCGCCCAGCACCAUGAUCCUCUCUGGAGGCACAGCCUUGAAGCCUCCGUACUCGGCGUUCCCCGGCAUGCAGCCCUUGGAGAUGGUGAAGCCACAGUCCGGCUCGCCCUACCAGCCCUUGAGUGGAAGCCAAGCCUUGGUCUACGAGAGCCAGCUCGGCCAGGCCGCUGGCCUCGGCGCCUCUCAGAUGUUGGACUCCCAGCUCCCCCAGCUGACGAUGCCACUGCCCGGCUCCCAGCUGCCUCUGCCCCGGUAUGGCUCCGGGCAGCAGCCCCUGAUCCUGCCGCCGUCCAUCCAGCUGCCGCAGGGGCAGAGCCUCUCUGUCGGGGGCCCCCGCAGGGUCCUGCCGCCCGGCUCCCAGCCUUCGGUCCUUAACACCAGCAGAGAGUCCUCUCAGAUGGAGAUAAAGGGCUUCCACUUUGCCGACAGUAAACAGAAUGGUCCUUCAGGAGGCUCCAUGCCGUCAGCACCGACCUACAGGCCUAGCUCUGCUAGCCCCAGUGGGAAGCCCUCUGGAUCAGCAGUUAACAUGGGCUCUGUGCAGGGACACUGCGUUCACCAGGCAAAACCACGAGUGGACGAAAAACCCAGCCUGGGAGCCGUGAAGCUGCAGGAGGCCCCCUUGGCCGCCUCCCAGAUGAAGCGAACCGGAGCAAUCAAGCCUCGGGCGGUGAAAGUGGAAGAGAGCAAGGCCUGAGGUGCUCGGCCACUCCUCGCCCUGAGGACAGUGCCGCCACUCGGCCUCACAGAGCGGGAUGCUCUCGAGUCUCAGCAGCUCCGCCGUCCAGCCGCCUGGCCCGGUGGAGAGAUGUCCCUUCUCUUCUGCACUCCUGAGAGCUCCGACGUCCCACCAGCUUGCACCGUGGCUAUGUGGCGUUGACCUGCUUGCUUUAAUACACACAAACAGCAGACGACCCCUCCCUGCCUCCCUCCCACCCCCGCUGUGCCCAUGUGCGCUUCCAGCCGCGGGCAGGGCAGAGUCGCCCCUUGGGCCUGCCCCUCGGCCGGGCGCCUUCGCUCAGUGCUUCCUCCCCUCCCGCCCCCAGCGCGGUGGUGUGGCAGCAGGGGUCUUUCGUUUGAAGCUUUUUGUUUUAAAAAGCAGCUAGGGUUUUUACAAAGGAGAAAGGAAAACAAAACACAAGCUGUGUCUCUGUAGCUGAACUUUUGUAUGUUCCUCGCCAGCCUUUCUGUGAACCCGUCUCACGUUCCAGUCGCUUCCUUGUCUCUCCCGUUGAAGUUGGUACCUCAACCUUACCAGAUGGCCCACGUGCCCCUCCGGCUCGCUCUUAGUUGGUUAGCCCUUGAGGGGGUUCGCAGAAGUAGUGAGCUUGCGUGGCCCCCGUCACGAGCACUGCGGUGUCCAUCUGCGUGCUCUGGGAGCAGUGGGUCCCGGCCCUGGCCUGGUGACCACAGGGAGCUUACGGGCAGCCCAGUGAGGUUGAUGGCAUUUUCAACAUCAGAAUGAGACAGAAUUUCUGUCCCGGACUCUUCUAAAGCCACCGAGUGUGCUGAGCGCUGGCCUCAAGGCGAAUCACGGAGAUAGGAAGUCGUGUGUUCUAGUUGGGCCUAAGCGGCGGCACCAGGCCUCCAUCGGCGUCUGUGCCCGGGUCUCGGGCACCUGCAGGGGCUGCUGCUUCCCACACGCCCCUCUCCCGGAAGCCUUGCUCCACAGGUCCUCUCCGCCCCACUCCCCCCGCCCUUCCACCUCUCUCCGCUGAACGCUCCUUUUCCUCUGCCUCACACAGCUCUUGACUGGAAACCGUGUGGUCCCCCUCAGAUGGCCACGCGCUGGGCCCUGUAGCGGGGCUGCAGUCUGGGCUGCUGGGGGCUUCCGGUUUGUCCUUGUCUUGGCUCCCAGCCGCAGACCCUGCUUGCUGGGACGGAAGGGCUGCAGGCGGCACAGGGUCCGAGGGGAGGCUGUGUUGCAGGGCUGGCCACGGUUCCAGAACAGCUGGGGCAGCCUCCAGCAACACGUUCGCAUGAGCCAUGUUACGCUGAGUUUUUGUUCUCAAAAUGCAAACUAGAAUGAUCCCAGGUUCUGUCAUUCCAAGGAAAAGAAAGGGGCAGGUCAGGCUUUGCACAUGCCCUUCCGAGGAAGUAGUCAGCCGCUCACCGAGAGGACGGGGCUGCUGCUGGUUCCACGGAACCUGUCUCCGAGGACCUGUGGUAGCUGGGUGGGAAUGGCCACCUUCUGUGUCACCAUGGGUGUGCGACAGCCGCUCAGGCUGUGUUGCUCAGCCCUGCCACCAGCGUAGGCCACGGGGAACGAGCCGCCUCGGGCAGUGCUGCAGGAGCUCUCGGUGCUGCUGGCUCCUCCAAGGAUGUCGAGGGACAGCCUCCUGGCAGAGUCUCCGGGUUGCACCCAUGCAGCCUCUGGAGAAAGGGCGAGUUUUCUUGGAAGAUGCUUUACUGCCCAGCCUGUAGCUUUCAGCGCCCCCUCUUGCCUGUGCCCUCAGACCUUACUUUUUACCGGCUUCUCUCUGUUUUUCCUUCAUCCCCUGAAUCUUUACUCUGAAGCCCCUCCUUGAAGGGCCGCCCACUUGACAGAGUUGCCCACACUCGCCUGCUCCGUGUGUGAAUCUGCUCUGCCCCAUCCUCCCCGUGGGCAGCUGGCUGGCUGCUCGCUGACAGCUGCCCCGCCUGCCCGCCCGCCCACAGGAGACGCGCACACCCCGCUGGCGGUGCACCGGGAACCUGGCCAGGCUCCACGCCCGAGUCCAGUGUGCAUUGUUUGCCUACAGGAAAAAAGGUUUUCUUGUUUUGAAAUUCAACAGAACAGUCCUGGAUGCUGUUACAACUCAAGCUGUUCCCUUCAGGUGAUCCUGCCAUCAGAGUGACAGUCCUUCUGUUUGAGAAAAAAAUGAAAACAAAGGGGUCACCUGCCUUCCAGCCCUUUUCUCGAUCCUUGUAUUUUCUACCCCCUCCCCAAUAAAAACAGAAAACACUAGACUUUAUUUAUAUGUAUUGAUGUUGUAGGUCUAGGUGAAGAAAAAGUAAAUGUUUCACUGCUCUAUUUAUAUAUGAUGUCUGAAUUAUUCUGUGCAGGAAAGGCAGGAACUUGCAUGUGAAGUUCAGUGCCGCUGCCGCCGCUGCGCACCCACGUGCAGCCUCUUCCCGCUGAGGUGCAGAUUUCUGGUCGGACUCGGGCGGAGGGGAGGCCUCAGGCCUGCCCAGCACCCCGUCCCUUCCUUGGUCUGAUUAAGUGCAGUUUUUAGUGCAGAGAUGUUUUUAAGGUGCAAUCUCUCUUCCUUUCACGUGGUUUUAGAGCCAAGCUCAAGGUGGUAGGACUCUGGGUCUAUUUUGGUUUCAGAUGCCCCCUUCCUUCAGAGUGCAAAUCCGCACGGAGGCCUCUGCCAGGGUGUCCUGGGGCCUUCGGCAGGGACAGAUGAAAGCCGGAACGUGACCUUUGCUGCUGCUGAGGUGGGGGUGGUGUCUGAGCCCUCUCACGCACCUUUGCCUACGAACGUCGCCCACCCUCAUGAUGCUGGCAGCCGCGCCCGGGCCACCAAUGGAGCAGCCCGCUGCUUGGCAACCAUAGCGUGUCUGGUGUCACCUCUUCAGUGGAGUGAAUCCCAGUGUCGGGCUGUGUGCCCAGGAGGGGGUGUCCACCCACUGCAGGUCUCUGCCAGCUGUGUUUGGUUUGGUUUCCUUUACUGUUUCUUCCCCCUUUAUCCACAUUAUUGUUUUCAAACUUGGAUUCAUACACUAAUGGCUCUAGGUUCCUUGAGGAGGAGAACAAAGGAUGACUUGGACACAUUCAGAAAAAUCAGUGUGUCCACUUCCAAAGCUGUGGUCAUUCCAGCCGCUCCUAGGAAUAUGGGGGUAUUUUGUCGUUAAAUAUUGGCAUUCAUUCUCUCCAGCUAUGCCCUCGCCCUCCUGUCUUCUGGAUCUGCCUUCCAGAUGGUUGGGGAGGUUCAUGACUGAUGCUCAAAGCCAAGGAGGCCGAGGGUGUGCACGGCCGUGGUCGGAACUGGCCCAUCGCGUGGCAAACUGGUACAGCCCCUCCCUACUGAUCGGUUUCCCUCCACCAAGUAGUUGCACGUUGCCUCUCACCUGUACUCGUCCCUUUUCACCUGCAGAGCAAGCCUGGGUUAGAAGGUCUGUCAGAAACAGCCUUCAACAACCAAGGAUACUAGUGUUUGUGCUUUGUCGUGUUCUGUGAUGAAUGGGAAAUGCAGAUUUCAGAAAGCCAGCCCUUCCUGCUCGAAAACGUGAGAUGGACCUAAGAUCACCCAGGACAGCAGUGACUCGGUGUUGGGGUCAGACCCCCUGUCCUUGGCCGUGCUCUCCACCUGGACCACCAGCGUAUACUUGGCUAGUGAUCUUCCGGGCGCAUCCGACCUGCUGUUUAGUGUUUUCCGCCCAGGCUGGGUGGCCUCCAACAUGGCAGCAGUGUCCCCAGGGCCCUGUCUUCAGCAUGUUACAAAGCCUCCAAGUGGACAUGUGUACAAAGGCUCUGUGUGGAUGACUUUCUUCCAUUGUUUAGAGGGGAUACUGUACUGUAAGCUUUUGACCUCAUGCCUUGCAUAGUAAAAAGAGUUUGGGGGUUUUUUUUGUUUUGUUUUGAGAGGGUGGUUUUGUUUCCUUUUGUUUUUAUUUUGGCCUUUCCUCUCUUUGUCUUUUCAUGUAGACCAGAUAUUUGAAAGGGCAGACGAUGGCUAAAGGUGUAACGUGCAGCUUGUUUAUACAUUGUUUUGGGGACGCUUGUACCUUGGAUGGGAAAUGGAAUCUUGGGUUCACCAGGCCCUGGGGCCACACCCACCCUUCGCCCUUUCCCUCCGGUUCAGUACCUAUUGUUUCUCCUUUCAAAUAUGUGAUUGUACUAACUCUUUCCAUAUGAAAGAAUUCUCCUUAUUUAAAUAAAAAAAAUUUA